GCAGGCGCUUGUAUGUUUCUGUAACUCGUAGUUUUAACCAUGAACAUCAUUGAAACCCUCUUCGGACGCUCUGUGACUCCUGCUGAGCGGCUGCGUCAGCAUCAACGCUCGCUUGCCAAAGCUCAACGCGAACUUGAUCGUGAACGGGCGAAACUCGAACAGAGCGAAAAGAAACUUAUCAUGGAUAUCAAAAAGAGCGCAAAGGCCGGUCAAAUGAACGCGUGUAAAGUCAUGGCCAAGGAUCUCGUGAGGACCAGACGUUAUGUACAGAAAUUCUACCAGAUGCGGACACAACUUCAAGCUGUCGGACUCCGGAUCCAAACGCUCAGAAGUAAUCAACAAAUGGCAGAUGCAAUGCGAGGUGCCACUCGAGCAAUGGGUGCGAUGAAUCGCGGCUUGAACUUGCCUGCGAUACAACGAAUCAUGACUGAGUUUGAGAAAGAGAGUUCAAUGAUGGAUAUGAAAGAGGAAAUGAUGUCCGAUGCUGUUGACGAUGUGAUGGACGACGAGGAAGACGAAGAAGAGGAGGGUGAUAAGAUUUUGAAAGAGGUGCUAGAUGAAAUUGGGGUCUCUUUGUCACAACAGCUUACCGACGCACCUACUGGCCUGGCCUCUGUAUCUGCUCAUGUUACCCGGCAACCUGUGGCCUUGGGAGAAACUGCCGGUGCAUUUCACGGUGGCGUAGAUGAUGGAACAGGAGACAACUCAGGCGGGGGAGGAGCAUCGGAUGAAGAUGCGUUACAAGCACGGUUAGAUGCUUUGCGACGUGGUUAGACUAAGAUUUUCUUCUUUUCUUUCGAGGACACAGGAGAUGUAAUGCGUAUUUUUCCAAUGUUCUAUGUUCGUAUACAUAUACAUUCAGAGU